CAGCAUGGUGUAGUAGUUACAAUUGGCCUAGGAUCUGAGAACCCCUGGUCCAAAUUCCAGCUCUGCCAUAGAAGUUUGCUAAUUGACCUUGGGCCAGUCACAUUCACUCAGCCUAAGCUACCUCACAGGUUGUUGGGAGGAUAAAAACAGGAGGAAGCCACUUCUCUCCAUUGGAGAGAAAAACCGGUUACAAAUAAAUAACUCUUGGGUACACCUAAUAAAGAUUCCGCCUGGAACUCAGAUUGGGGCCUCACCGAAUCCAGCCCGCCCAGCCUAGACGCGGACGCCAUGUCUGUUUCCGAGUGUUACAUUGCAGUGAAGCUGGCAGACCAGCCCCUGGCUCCGAAAUCCAUCCUGCGUCUGCCAGAAACUGAACUGGGGGAAUGCCCCUUGGGCGGCUGCAGCAUCUCCUACUUGAAACAGCUCAUCACCGGGAAGCUCCAGGAAUCUGUCCCCGACCCGGAACUCAUCGAUCUCAUCUAUUGUGGCCGGAAGUUGCGAGAUGACCAGACCCUAGAAUUUUAUGGCAUCCAGUCCGGUUCCACGGUCCACGUCCUCCGCAAGUCUUGGCCCGAGCCGGAUCAGAAACCAGAGCCAGUGGAUAAAGUGGCUGCUGUACGAGAAUUCCGGGUUCUGCAUACCGCCUUGCACAGCAGUCCGGUCUUCCGAGAUUCGGUCUUUAAGAUGCUGGGGAAUAAGGAGUCUUUAGAUCAAAUCAUUGUUGCUACGCCUGGGCUGAACAGCGACCCGAUCGCUUUGGGGGUCUUACAGGAUAAAGACCUUUUUUCUGUCUUUGCUGAUCCAGCCAUGUUGGACACGCUUAUCCCAGCUCAUCCUGCUUUGGUGAAUGCCAUUAUCCUGGUUUUGCACUCGGUGGCGGGCAGCACGCCCUUGCCCACCCCCGAGACCUCCUCACGAAGCAUGCCAUCUAGCUCUUACCGUGACAUGCCGGGUGGUUUCUUGUUCGAAGGUCUCUCCGAUGAUGAAGAUGACUUCCAUCAGAGUACCAGGACCACUCCUUCCAGCAGUACAUCUGGCUCCCGCCCUGCCUCCCUCGGUUACACUGGGGCAGCAGGUCCCCGGCCCAUCACACAGAGCGAAUUGGCGACGGCCCUGGCGCUGGCCAGCACCCCUGAGAGCAGCUCGCACACUCCUACUCCAGGGACACAGGGACAUUCUUCAGGCACAUCGCCGAUGUCCUCCAGCGUCCAGUCAGGAACUCCCAUCACCAAUGACCUCUUCAGCCAGGCCCUGCAGCACGCCCUACAGGCUUCCGGGCAGCCAAACCUGCAGAGCCAGUGGCAGCCGCAGCUGCAGCAACUGAGAGACAUGGGGAUUCACGAUGACGAGCUCAGCCUUCGAGCGCUGCAGGCCACCGGAGGGGACAUCCAAGCUGCCCUGGAGCUCAUCUUUGCAGGAGGAGCCCCCUAACGGGUCCGCCUUUUCAGGGAAGGCGUGGAAACUUGGGAGGUUAUUUUAUUUUGUAGCAUCUGAUCUCUACGACCCGAGUACUAGUCUUUGGAUAUUUUAUCACCUGUUGCCAGUCCUCACUGUCUCCCUUGCACGAUCCCCCCUUACCUUCUUCUUAUCUGAAUAGAUCCUGUGGCAGACUGGCUGAAAAAAAAACCCUGUGGUGAGCACUGAGCCCACAAUGACAUUUUUGCAUGUAGGGAUUUUUCAUGGCAGCUGAGAAGGGCCAAAAGCUAUCCUAGACUUGAGAGCUGCAGGCUAGCAUCCGGCUCUGAAGACCCAUUCUGGAGAAAUCGACAGCCGUUCCUCAGCUUAGAAGCUUAAUCCUCUUUUGAAUCAACUGUUCUGUUCCUGCGGCUUUCUGAGGCUCUGUCCAGGUUUGCAUGGCUGUAUGUGAUUUCAUUAAAGGUCUCCUUCGCCAGUUG